AUGGCAAUACCUAACAACCAGAUAGAGGAGGAAGACGUCUACGCUCGGGAGCAGCUUGCGUUGCGAACAGGCCUUACCGAGGCUCGAGUCCAGGUGUGGUUUCAGAACCGGCGUGCCAAAUGGCGCAAGCGAGAACGUCUCGCUACCAGCGCCACUAUGACCACCAACAUGUACGGCGAGUUU